UUUCUACAUUNUUUCCUUUUGCAGUGCCUAAAACAGCUGCCUAGGUUCAUUUUGUCUUUGUGAAGUAGUCCUGCAAAACUAUAUUAUUCAAUUCUGGUCUUGUUUUUGUUCUUGACAAUGGGUCAAGAGGAAAGUGAGGAUAGAAGUAAUUUGAGUUACCCAUUUUAUGGUGCUCAUAAUAAUUGGGAUCCAAUUGUUACACUGAGUCAGAGUGGGUGUUUUGUGAAUGAGUUUGAGAACCCACACUUUUCGAGUUUUGUUCGUUUUCCAUAUUAUUCUCAGGAACACGACCAAGAUUCUGAAAACCGGACUUUAGAACAAUCACCUUAUGGAACGAGGAAAAGGAAAUCGGUACUUCCAGAAGCUUCUUCACCUGAGAAUGCUGAAGACACACACAAGGAAAAACAAAAAUUGGAACAAAAUUCAACAGGUGCUGAGCCUCCUAAAGAAAAUUACAUUCAUAAGAGAGCCAAAAGAGGCCAAGCAACCAACAGUCACAGCCUUGCAGAAAGGGUGAGGAGAGAGAGGAUAAGUGAGAGAAUGACAUUGCUGCAAGAACUAGUCCCUGGCUGUAAUAAGAUUACUGGGAAAGCAAUGAUGCUCGACGAGAUUAUCAACUACGUUCAAUCACUCCAGAAACAAGUUGAGUUUUUGUCGAUGAAACUCGCUACUGUAAAUCUUGGAACGAGAUAUGAUCGUGAUCCCUCGUUUGGGCUGCACAGAAUGAAGCUAUAGACUGAAGCAAAAGGCUGCCAUUAUUUUUCUAACCAAGAAUCAAUUAGAUCAAGUGAAGAUUUUCUUGUGAACCACAACUACGAAAAUAAUGUUCAUUUUCUCUUUAAUCAGUGUUCAUUUUAUAAUGGUGUUGUAGAGGUUCUAAGCCCCCAAGCUUUUUGUUCUGAAAAAAAUACAUUGCAAG